AUGCAGUUCGGAAAGAUCACCACACAGGCUGCCUUUGCAGUAGCAUCUCUCCUGUUCGGCUACGUUGUGGCGCAGUACGAAGAGAUGGUCCCCGGCAGCUUCACAGACGAGGAGACGGGCAUCGAAUUCGCCAGCUGGUCCGUCUUCACCGGAGCCGGCGGCGUCGGGGAGUUCACAAUGGGAAUGGCCCUCCCGGCCGACGCGCUAGAGACAGACGCGACCGAAUACAUUGGCUACCUCUCGUGCAGCAAACCCAGCCAGCAAGAAACAGGCUGGUGCGGCUUCGCACACGCGGGCCACAUGACGACGGACCUGCUGCUGAUGGCAUGGCCGCACGAGGGCCAGGUGCUGACGUCGUUCCGCUACACGACGGGCUACCACAUGCCGUCGCCGUACGCGGGCGGCAACGCGACGCUGACGCAGAUCCGGUCGCGCGUCGGCGACUCGAGCUACGAGGUCGUCUUUCGCUGCCGCGGCUGCUUCGCCUGGCCGGGCGCCGGCGGGGAGGAGGAGUCGGUCCGCACGAGCAGCCCGGACCGCUACGCCAUCUUUGGCUACGCCCAGUCGUCCGUCGGUCCGACCAGCCCGGCCUGCCCGGCCAGGUUGACCUUUGGCUUCCACGACAACGGGUUCGCGCAGUGGAUUGCCGAGUAUGAAACGGCCGUUAGUGAAAAGUACGACCAGUGGGCUGCGCUGGCGACUGAAACCGUCACGGGGUCGUGUUGA